CAUCGGAGUUAUUAAUUGCCUGAGUUGUCAAAGAAGUAAGUGAAGCUCUACUCGGGACAGUUACGGAGAUAUUUGCAUUCAUGAUAUUCAUUUAAUUGUUUUGUUUGUCACUGAUAGGCGGGGGAUGGUAGUUUAGGAUUUCUCGUUGGACAGUUAAUAGUUUUGUCGUAGACUGAAAGCGUGUUGCGAAAUUCACCACCUUAGGUUCAGUGAGGUGUGGUCUCCAAGUUCAGCCAUCUUUUUAACAAAUAUUCUUCCAAGUGAAUUUACGAAGGAGCUACAUAGAUGUUUUCAGUUGACUGAAAGCUGGAAUUGAGCCCAAAGUUACAAAUCCAUCUCAGUGGCAUUUCCUUAUGGACCGGUUUACCCGGCUUAUUUUUGGAAAUUGUCAAUUUUCGACAACAUCAUCAUCUUCAGAAUUUAUGGCUGCCAUCAGGAAAAAGUUGGUUAUAGUUGGAGAUGGUGCCUGUGGUAAAACUUGCCUUUUAAUAGUGUUCAGUAAGGAUCAAUUCCCAGAAGUGUAUGUGCCAACAGUUUUUGAGAAUUAUGUUGCAGAUAUUGAAGUGGAUGGAAAGCAGGUGGAGCUUGCACUUUGGGACACAGCAGGCCAAGAAGACUAUGAUCGCCUGAGACCACUUUCGUAUCCAGAUACUGAUGUAAUUCUGAUGUGCUUCUCAAUAGAUUCACCAGAUUCAUUAGAAAAUAUUCCAGAAAAAUGGACUCCAGAAGUAAAGCAUUUUUGCCCAAAUGUUCCAAUAAUUCUGGUUGGGAACAAAAAGGAUUUGAGAAAUGAUCCCAAUACAAUAAAAGAGUUAGGCAAAAUGAAGCAAGAACCUGUGAAACCAGAGGAGGGGAGGGCAAUGGCAGAAAAAAUCAGUGCCUUUGCAUAUCUUGAGUGUUCUGCAAAAAGCAAGGAAGGAGUUCGUGAAGUCUUUGAAACUGCUACGCGUGCUGCUUUGCAAGUGAAGAAAAAGAAGAGGGGACGAUGUAGAUUGCUUUAAAACAUCAUAUGUUACUUAUGUACCAGUUAAUUUGUCUGAUAAUCAGUAAGUACCUUGUAUAGCAUGGCAAAAAUAACUAGAAAACUUAUCGUAAAGAACAUUUCAGCUAUCAGUUCCAGGUGUCUUGGUUUGCCAUACAAGACAAUUCAUUAUUGCUUUACAGUUGGAGAAAUACCAUAUACUAAAAAUGAUUUAGUUUUAAAACUUAUGUAUUUGUGUGAUGACUUUACAUUUUUGAGUAUUUAGUUUUUGUAUAGGGUGCCGAUAAGUUGCACAAAAAUUUAAAAUCUCUUAUUUUUUAAGUGAUGUGUGGUCCAUUUGAGUUUUGUGAACAGAAUAGUAAUGGCAGCUGUAACAUACUGGCUGAUAGGCUGAAAAAGUUUACAGCGUACAAAAUUGUCCCUGUGCAACAUUAAUGAACUUGCAUUCAGGUGCCUGAUAAUACCCUGCGAGCAAAGAAAGCGAGCAGUUUUAUGUUGAAUUCUCAUUAGCACUGAUUUAAAAUAGUAUGGAUUAUUCCUCCAUUAUUCAUUUAGAUAUUUUUAAAGUAAUUUUGAGCCCAAUAUUUUCAUACGACAUAUCAUUUCAUUUUUAGAUAUUUAUAUCUGUACUGACAUAAAGAACUGCUAGCAGAAAAAAUGCUGGAUGUUCCAAAUGUUUGAUAUUUAAUUCAUUGAAGUGUAAGACAUGUCUUUAAGUUUCUUUAAUCAAUAGUUGCAAAAAAAAAAGUUUCAAAAUUUUCUUUUAGUGGGAUAUCUAUGUAACAGGUUUCAAAAUUUUGUUUUAAUGGUAUAUCUGUGUAACAUAGUUAAAUAAUUCUUUGUAUUUUGAUUAUACAUAAAUGGAGAUAUAUAUUAUAUAUAUAUGCAUAUAAAUAUGUAAAUGGUAUAUUCAGUCUAACAGCAUUUUUGUGAUCUAACUAAAAUGUUGAUAAAAGUAAGCAUCUGUGUACUGUAUGUGAUUCUGUUCUGAGAUUAGAUGAAAUAAAAUUCAUUCUGUUCCAA